AGGGCGUUUUCCACCAACAAGGCGGACCCUCCUGCAUCUAGCUUCUGCCACCGUAUACCUUAGUAACCGCGGAGGUGGCUCCACCUCGUCCUUGUGCGCCAUAUAAGCGGAGAUCAACCAGAGUUCUCCGGUCGCACCCUGCAGGCUCACCGUCACAAUGUCUCCAUCGCUGAAGAGGCAAAAUAAAAGCAUUUAGUUCCUUCCUGAUAAGCAUGCAGGAUCGAGGUCUACCUGCGUCCCGUUGCACCAUCAACUUGUAGUCCUUCGUCCAUUUACCAGAAACCGUAUUGCUCAGCCACGGCUCCUGGAUGUAGUCCUGACAUCGACUCCACCUUUCUCAAUGUGGAUUUAAAGGUUUGCUGACGCCGCUUUAGAGUGCUGAAGAUUGAUCUGUCAUCUACUAGUAAAGCACAAAAUGAGCAUUAGGUUGUAAGUUGCAAAAUAACGUGUAUGACAUUGGUCAUGAUGACAAUUUUGGUACUAAAAGCUGAAAGAAAACAUUGAUUACCUGGUAAGGUGCUUGCUUACCUAUUUUCCCAGAGGAAUAGAGGUCGCUUAAAUACAUCCUUCGGUGCUUCGGCAAAAUAAUUAUUUUUUUUUUAACUGGAAUAAUUAAAAACCUUUUCUACCGAAAAUUAAUUGAUUUUUGCAGAGCUUUCGUUUACUGACAUUAGGGUGGUACGUUAAGGUCAUAAGGCCAUUUUUCCUCUUCACCUUGUCGAAUUCUAAAGUACAUACAAAUGGGUAUUUCCAAACUGGAGUGACAAAAUGUUGAAAAAAAAAAACAAUUUAUUAAGUUUUUCUGGAUUUGCAUAGCAAUUAAAUGUCCCCUUAUUCAGUAAAAAAAUACAACUAUAGGUAGUAGCGAUUUAAAGAUAUUAAUAAACAUACGCACUGGCGUGACGUCUCGAAAAACAGAAGUGCAUUUUGACUUGUAUAAAAGUUGUUGUAGUAUUUAUUAUUGGAAGUUUCUAAGUCUAAUUUUCCAAGCUUUUAAAUGUAGAAAUCUCUCUGCUGUGUGUUUAAUUAGUUAUAUUAGCUAAUGUGACGUUACCUGGCGUUAUGUUACUAAAAUUCCCAUUGAAAAAGUUUUGUUAAUAUUGUUCUUGAAACAAUUUUUAACGGGAAGAGAAAAUGCAUCUUAUGUCGAACGUACUUUUUAUUUUGACAUCAGCGGCUCCAUUGUUUGCAGAUCUGUUUUUUACUACGUUAAACUAAACAUGCCAAAUGUGAAACAAGGCAUACAUAGCUUAAAUACGGUUUUUCCAAAUAACUCGACCCUGGCGCCACCUAACGAGACCCCUUUUGGCAAAAAUGUUCCUGCUUACUUAACUAAUAUAUAUAUUAUAAAAAUCAGCUAAAUCGACCUAUAAAUAAGUUAGAUAUAGGACUUUUAUAUUUUUUCGAUAGACUUUUCGCUGGAAUUGCCCAUAUGUGGUACAAUACCAGAUUGCUGAAACGAAGUUGACGCAGAUUUGAUUAGAUUUAAGCUAUCAUUUGUCGAUUACGAGUUUGAUAUUUCGCAAUCAUUUCGUCUGGUCUAUGCACUAUUCGUUAUGACAACGAUGUGUGGAAAAGAUAAGCUCUUAAAAUUAUAUAUAUACAUGUAUAAAUAAAUUUCAUCCAAGAUGACUGAAUACCCAUAGUUUAUAUCGUUACCAAUGCACCUGGUAUCGAGACUGCUACAAGUAAAUAGUAACGAUUUUUGCUUAUAAAAGUCGUUAGUUGAAUAUUUUUUUUGGUUUAUACAUAUGAAUGCGGAUUUUAGUAAUUUGGUAUUCGGCACUCCUUCAAUAUAGACGGAAAACUGAUCAUAUUAAAAUUGGAAAUUCCAUCACUAAAAUUUCGCUUUUCAAAGAUAUUUUAUAUUUUUAUCAUGAUUUUUCUUAUUUAUUUUGUUAAAUUGUACAAAUUGUAUACAUAUGUAACUAGUUAAAUCUUAAACAAUAUUUAGACAAGAAAGUUUUCAGGCGUAGUUUUAGUACAAUGGAUGAUGACAUAAUCGAUGUAAACUGUAAUCCAAAAAAACCACGUGAUAUAAAUCUUGAACAUAUCACCACGGCCGAUUUACUUUUAAAGGGAGAAGUGGUGAAGACGCCAUGCACGGUAUUGAAUUCCGAUAUGCAUAGUUACUUGUAUAGAAAGUUUUACGUUCAAAUUCUCUUCCAGCGUGCUGCAAAUUCUCCUGCUUAUAAUAUGGAUUUGUAUUUCAAGAAAGAAUUCAUGCAAGUAACAGGUAGUUUCAAAGAACGUGGCGCACGUUUUGCCUUACUUCUACUAUCCGAUAGGCAGAAGGAAAUUGGCGUUGUUUCAGCCUCAACCGGAAAUCAUGCUUUGGCCAUAAGUUAUCAUGGAAAUCAACUAAAUAUACCUGUUACUGUGGUAAUGCCCACCUGCACUUCCCGUUGGAAAAUCGAAAAAUGCCGCUCAUAUAAAGCAACUGUCAUUAUCGAAGGUCGCGACAUUGCCGAGUCCAGAAUAGUCGCAUUGGUCUUGGCCAAGGAGCGUCAAUUGGAAUAUAUUAAUGGCUACGAUCAUCCACAUGUUAUUGCUGGUUGUGGCACCAUUGGAUUUGAGGUUCUAAAUCAAGUACCAAAAAUCGAUGCUAUAGUUGUGCCAAUAGGUGGCGGCGGACUUAUAGCAGGUAUGGCCUUAACCGUUAAGAUGGCAUCACCAAAUACGAAGAUUAUUGGCGUGGAGCUAGAAAAAUGUCCCAGCUUUACGCGUGCUCUGGAGAAUAAGUCACCAAUUUAUACGGCACCAAAUAGCUCAGUGGCUGAGGGUUUACUGGUGCCAACAAUGGGUUGUAAUGCCUUCCCUAUGGCAUACACAUUAAUCGACAAGUUAGUGGUGGUACGCGAGUCUUGGAUAACUCUAGCCAUGCUACGGCUGGUUGAAGAAGAAGGGUGUAUAGUCGAAGGUGCUGCUGCCGUGGGCUUGGCAGCAAUAUUGGCGGGACAAUUGAAUGAGUUGCAAAUGAAAAGAGUCGUGGUUCUACUUACUGGCUGUAACACGGAUGUGGUGUCCUUCGGAAGAGCUCUAGAACGUGGCUUGUUCGCAGAGCGUCGUUUAUUGCAGGCUGAUAGUGAUGAAAGUGAGCGCCAAGGCGGCUUACUCGGACUUUUGGAAAAACUUUCGAAACAUGGUUUAGCAGUUAAUGAUUUAUUGUCCGAGACUGUCUGGUUAAAGUUAGCCUACAAGAUGGAAGUGGAUAGACGCAAUAUGCCGUCCCACAAUUUAUUAUCUCUGGCUGUAUUGACAAAGAAGCUGGAAGAUUCUUCACUGAAAACAACAAACCAACAAAUUAUGCCAAAUGAGAGCAAAGAAAACCCCAAAACAGAAAGUCUAGAUGAGCCAAAGAAAGGUGUACAAAAGGCUUUAGAAAAAAGAGCAGAAGAAGAGAAACCAAAACGGUUAUCCGAACAGUCGCCACAACGAACAAGAUAUGGAAUUCUCGAAAAGGCACGACAGGAGCCCCCAUCUGUAUAUAAGCAUAAAAAGUUAUCAAUGCUGAAACGAGUGGCAUCAUCAAAAAAGCAUCCAGUAUAAUGUCCGAAUAAUUUAUGUACAACUUUUAAUAGGAAAUAAAACACACAUGUUUGUUAGGUUUUUUU